UAGUGACAUCCAUGCAACGAUGAGGUGAAGCAGUUGUUUUCGUCUCUAUGGUUCCGACUAGCUGUCUGUUAUUACCAAUAACAAGGUUAUCUCGGCACGACCGCAGUGUGUUUGCCAAGUGGGAUAUCAGUUUUCAUUUGGAAUUACUGCCAGACUGACUCCGUCACCCCUGCCUCGUUUUUCGGUGAGUUUAUCGCCAUGUUAACAUCGGUUCCCACCAGGCUAAUUGCGCGAAGGUCGCGUAGCCUGUCACCGUGCAGUCGUGUUCUCCAGACCAGUGCAGGGGCCGCCGCAAAUCAGGGCAUCCGAGAGACACCGGCGGAGACCAACCGCAACCCCAUCGUGUCCACCUCCCGGGUCUCCAGAAGAGGUAUUUUAGCUGAAGAAACCGCUGGGAAUGUUACCAAUGUGAACCCGUCGGUGCAGUACCACCACCUCGCCCCUAGAUGGCUGUCCAACCUGGAGAACCGCCGGAGCUCAUGGGCAGCUCUCGCCAGCAGAGGACGCGACAACAACCAGUACUGGGAGGGGAGCGGGCAGAGGGGUGGAGGUGAGGGCCGGGGGACAGGUGGAGGAGCCAACCGGUCAGGAGUGGCUUCUGUCGGGGUUCUGUCUGCUGCGGCCGUGGCCUUCUGCCUGAAGAAAGACUCCGAUAAUAAAGGUAGACCCAGUUACCUGACAUUGUGUUGUCUGAAUUGGUUUACUGAAAGCAUUUGAAAUAGUUUAAUAGGAGCCCACGGUUCCCCACUGGUGUAAUAAAUUUCAUAUGAAAAACAGAAACAGCUUUGAGUACAACUAUUUUAAUAAUUUCCUUGCAAUAAGCAUACAGCUGUCAUAAUAGCCAAAAAAAAUCAGGAUUGUAUUCUUUUUAAAACCUUUAUUUUUGGUCUUGUGUCUGAUUUUGCAAUAAAUAGGUGAUGCACUUCUGGAGGCAGCGAGGACAAACAACUCCCAGGAUGUGGCCAGGUAAUAAAUAAGCUUACAUUCGCAUACACUUCUCAAUAAAUCACUCAGCUUGUAUUCACAAAACACAAUAUUUUUCUACUUUUAUACAAGAACAUAUAUUGCAUUAUCUAUACACAUUCAUCAUCUUGCCUGGGCCUAGUAUCCUUUGGUCCAUGAGCUGGGUAUUCUUAAUGAUCUAGUUGGUUACAAAAGCAUUUAGAAGUUUUGAAGUCGUGUCUGCAGGCCAGUUUCUUCCACCAAAUUAUUACUUGUACCUUUAUUGAAAGCCAAAGCCUCAGUUUAGGUUCAGAUCAUUGACAAAGACCAAUUCCUGCAACACCAAUGAAUGUUCACAGUAGUGUUGUUUCGUUCACGAACGAUUCGUUCAAAAGAACUUUUUUUUUAACUGCUAAAUUGCCACCACAACAACUUGCAUACAAUAGGACACAGCAUGAAACAAGUAAUGCAUUAAACCAGCAGCAUCCUAUCAUUGCAGUGGUUUGCGAGCAACACAGCCUCUUGUCUUCUGGUCCCAGAAGCUUCGAAUCUGAACUGAAUCCUGAACCCUUCAGCUGUGUAUCAGUUCAGGAGGUCAGAGUCACAGGCUUCUCCCGCCAAGCGCUGAAUGAUUCGGUGAUUUAGUAAACGGGUCUUUUGAAUGAAUCUUUUUAGUGAACUGAUUCAAGUGAUUCAGUACAUCUUAAAGAACUGCUGUGCCCAUCACGAGUUCACAGCCUUGUUUUAAUCACCUGUAGUUAUAGUGUGCACAAUAUCCACUAGGUGGCAGAAGAGAACCAUCUAAAGUUUGUCAUCAGUGCAGGUGUUUGCAGGAUCUAUAUCAAACUUUGCGCUCAGUGCUCCUGUUUCAACAGCAUCCAUACCUGUUUUUUUGCCACCUUGUUUUUUUUUUUUAGCUGUCUUGACAAUACCUCUCUCACUUUACAUUACAUUACCUGUAUAACAGUCUGCAAAAAAGUUGCUCUUUCAUUGGAGCUGAUACCAAAUUAUUUUGUUGUGAGGUAUGACCCUCAUGAUUGGGCAACAAUUAGACUCAUGUUUGUGAAUGUUGUAUUUGUAUAUGUACGUUAGAUUUUAGGGUACUUGUCUCAAUGUACCUGAGUACAGCAUACAUGUGUGUAUUCACGUGUGUCUCCAUUUGCUGUCUUAGAUUACCUCUGCCCUGUGGCAGAUGGUGUAGGUGAGAGUGCAGCGAGACAGUCAGCUAGACAACCAGUCUGCCGACCCCAGAUGUGUUAAGUGCUUUGGUUUAGUUUGGAGCAGUGGUAGAGUAUCAGGGCGUGUCUGUUCGGAGGCAAGAGAGAGGAUAGAGAUCUUGAUUGAGAUAGCAUUUUAAACUCCAGAGUUUGUGUUCUUUCGUGCAUGUGAAAGCAUUUAAAAUUAAUAUAAUGUCUACAUUUUUAGCUUUUGAAGUGUUAUGAGACCCAAUAGUAAUAGUAAUUAAUCUUUAUACUUUAGUUUUACCGCAUUUUAUCUUCCUUUUUGGGGAAGGCAAACCUAUUUUUUUUAGGUAUGGUUUCAAAAGAAGUGAAAAAGUGUUAAAGCAGUGUUUUCAGGACAAUGAUUUGAAAUCCCUUUUUGUUUUGUUAUAUUGGUCAAACACUUAAACUUUACAGAAAACUGAUGUCAGUCCCUUGAUGAGGGAUCAGAGUUAUGUUGUAGUGUGACUGUCUGGACUCGAAUCCUUUCUUCCCUCUGUGGUACAUUUAGUCUGCUAUACUUUCCUGUCAUCUUUACCAUAAAAUCAUUAGGUAAAAUUUGCAAGUAUCACUUUAAAUAAUGUCUAUUUUUUUAAUCCCAGAACAUUUGGGAAUGUUAAACAGGUGCUGUAGUUGAAUUUGUUCAAAACACAAAGUGUGAUGUAACCGUAGCGGUGGGUAAUUUUCUCAGCACCAAUGCUACAUGCAGACCAGGCAGGGAAAACAGAGCCACAGAGCUGAGUGCAAACCAGACAGGGGCCAAUCUGUUGACUAUAAACACACACACUGUCUGCCUGUUCAGCACAACAGACGACAGACGGAACACACACACACACACAUUACCAAAGACUGUGCCACUCCAAUACCUGAUGUCCUACCCCCAGGCGGAAAACCUUGCACACACCUGGCUCACACUCACAGAGACACCGUAAUCGGUAGAGGAGCAUUGUGUGGUUUCACCUGAAGAUAAGGAUAUCACAGUUGCAUGUCGGUGUCUAACAAGGCAGGUCUGCGAUGCAGUCAGACAAACAGCUGGUCAGCCAUAUUGCUGGUUUUAAAGAGCAUCUUUCCUUUUGUUUCUUUUCUAUGAACAAAUGUCAUUCCAGCAUCUUUAGUUUACCCCGUGCUUUAUGACACUGACAGAUCAGUAUUGCUGCAAACAUAUUUACACCACGACUGCAUGAGAAGCCGUUUGAAGCUCCCUCUGCUUUAUGUUGACGUUUAAAGGGAUGACAAUUUAUAAUUCUCUGUUGUUUCUUUUUCCCAUCAGACUGUUGAAAGAGGGGGUCGACCCAAAUCACCGGCAUCGUCUGGGUUGGACUGCUCUCAUGGUGGCUGCCAUGAACCGACAACACAGGUCUGUAUGCGUGUGAACAAAUCAUAUGUUCUCCGGCUCUGAGAUGCCCUCCCCGGUGAACAUGUGUUACAGUAAUGUAGUGUUUUUAGUACCACGCAGCUGUCUGCAGGAGUUAGCGUGUCAGCAUAUGUUAUCCACGUCCCUGCUUGAGUUGUUACAGUAGGUCUUCAGGAGUGCAAAGUGCAACUUUCAGACCGACAGACGGUCUUUACCCUGUCCCCCAUCUCUCUGUUCAACAAAUUAAAUUAGCCUUCUGGCCCCCUGAACACACACGACACAGAGAGGGGCCGAGGUUAAGGCCGGGCCAAAUCCAAUUUACAGGGCUUUUAUUUUCUCCAUCAGGACUGUGUGGUCACUUUUUGUUUAAGGGCCUUAUGUGAACCGUGAGAAGAAUAAUGUGAUAUUUGAGUAUGAAAAAUAGAUCAAAAUGAGCUUAUGUUAAAUCUCAGGGCUACAGUUACUCCAUUGUUAUGUUCAUGAACUUGAAAUAUAUAAAGGUGGGAACUGUGAUUCAUUUGCAACUUCAGUAUUGUGUGAUGACUCAGAAUGAGUCCUAAUAUAAUGUUCUCUUAGCUUAAGGAAAGCUGAUUAAGAUUUUAUGUACAUUUUUUUUUUAAUUGCAAAGUUUGGAUUGUUGAUUUUUAUAGUUUUGUGUUCAUUGAGUUUAUAAUUGAAUUCUAGUUUAGAGUUAUUAAGGUGCAUAAUCAUUAGACAAUGCACAAGAAAUGAAUAAGUGACAUGUUUUGACAUUUAUGGUUCAAAAAAAUUUUCAAAAAAGACAUUUUUAACAGUUUUAGCUUUUGAUCUGUGAGGAAUUGCGACUUUUACAUUAUGAACAUAUAAACGAGCACCGUCCUAAUUCUGCUUUGUUUUAUUCACAAUAAUCAAUCAGUUGGUCAGGAGAACCAUAGAUGAAAUGAUAAAUCAAUGCACAGUGUUGGAUUUUUAGCAAUGUGGCACUUCUAGUUUCAAAUUCAUUGACUGAUACCGACACUCAGGUGCAUCUCAAUAAAUUAUGGUAUCAUCAAAAAGUUGAUUUUAUUUCAGUAAGUCAGUUCAAAAAGUGAAACUCAAAAAACUUAAGGGGCACAAUGAAAUUGAUCAAAUAAUGUUUGUCUUAUUGGUCGACAUAAGUACUAUUAUUUGAAAUCAAUUUUACGUCAGUUGGUAACAUGACAUUGAAGCUAUUGAAGGAAAGGUUCAAAAUUUGCCUUUAGAUUUAACACAAAUAUUUUUUAGAGGACAAAUUCGGGAAAUAAAUAGGUGUGUCUUAUUGUCCGAUCUUAGUACUAUUAUUUUAAAUCAAUUUUAGGAAAGGAAAGGAAGGAAAACACCCUUUUUCUAAGAACAUCAACUGGUAAUUUAUUGAUGGUCCCUUAUUCAACACCUAAGGUUGACAGCGAGGAUGCCGAGUAGAUUAAACCAUCUGUUGUCCGUUGAAUAUCCAACCCAAAAUUAACUUCACUGCCAUAUUUACAUGAAAAAGCAUUUGUUGCCUCGCCUGAUUUUUUUCUAUGCGCACAUGUGCUCCUAAAUACAUCUUACAAGUCACAAGCAUCUAUUUUUAGGCGAUUUUAAUUUGAUAUUUUAAUGCGAGUGAAAUUGUCGCACUGUUGAGCCCUGCUAAUACAGUUUUUGUUUUGUUUUUUUCAUUUUGAUGUUUAUAACGUACAGCUAAUGAAAACCCCAAAUUCAGUAUCUCCAAAGAUUAGAAUAUUGUGAAAAAGUUCAAUACUGGAGACUCAUGAUGUCACACUCUAAUUAGAUGAUUAACUCAAAACACCUGCAGCAGUCACCUGGGCCGUUAAACGGUCUGUCAGUCUGGAUGAGUGGGCCACACAAUCAUGGGGAAGACUGUAGACUUGACAGUUGUCCAGAAGAUGAUUGUCGACACCCUACACAAGGAGGGUCAGACACGAAAGGUCAUUGCUAAAGAAGCUGGCUGUUCACAGUGCUGUAUCCAAGCACAUAAAUGAAAAGUUACAUGAAAGGAAAAAAGAGGUAGAAAAAAAGAAUUCAAUUACUGAAUUCAAUUAACUUAUUGAUGAUAUUCUAGUUUAUCUAGAUACACAUUUUUCAUUGCAGAGAAAAACCAAAGCUCUCUUACACUAGAAUUUACCUGUUACUUUUACUGUGACCGUCUUUUUACUGUAAAAACAGACACAAAACAUAUUUAACCACAUUUGUCUGCCAUAAAUGAUCCAUGUAUCCUUUUCAAAUAUAGAUAUUCAGUAAUGUUUCUGCUGUCUGAUUCUGACACUUCAAAAUACCAUCAAAUGACCAAAAUGUAGAAGCUUGUUGAUGCAUACAAGCUGCUAUCAUGUGCAGAAUUAAUGCAUCACCUAAUCGGCCAAACAUUGGUAGAAAUGUCUCUUAUGUACUAAUACCUUUAAUUGACAUUUCAAGCUUUUAUCAAGCAAAACAGAUAUAACUAAUAAAAAUACGCACUCUUAAUAAUUAUUUUUUCUCUCUUCUGCUCCCUGCCUUGUCUACAAGUCAUCCUCAGAGACGCAUAAAUACACGAGCUUCCAUUAUUUCACUUAGCUUUUAUGUUUGAGCUCCAUUAUGUCAUUGGAUUUGCAUGUUGUGUGCUGAGUGAUCAGUCUUUAAUAUUUAUGCAUUUAAUGUGUUUUUGGAUAUAAGUUUGCGUACUCAUAUUUGUCUUUUUACUGUUUGUGUAUGUGUGUCAUUGCCCUCGUCUUGUAUGUGCAUUUGUGUGUGUUAGUGUGUGUGUGUGUGUGUGUGUGUUAUGAGAGCCAUAACUCAGCGAGGCAGUGACACUCCUCUGUGUUUAAUCCCGUCUCUAACCCCCCAGUGAGCCGUCACUGCUGCAGGGAAGACAGAACAUCAGUUCACACACAUCAGUCACACACAAACACACUCGCUCAUCCCCGCACACACAAGCGAGGAAGCGUGUAUGGAUGCGCACACACACACACAUACACACACACACGGGGAGUUUAUACCAAAUAUCUUAGAAGCCAACUGCCUAUUACUCAGUAAGCCACAACUUUAUUUGCAGGCGAUAAGUGAAAACACAGGGAGCAUCACUCAUGAACGAGGUUUAGCCUGUAGCUAAAGUGUCAGGAUGGAUCUUAUUGUUGAAUUACUCCCCUCCCUUCAUCACGGCUCGUUUCCCUUUACUGAAACGGAAGUAAAAGCUAUGAGUUUUAAGCUCUGCGAAACAGUUUGAAGGUGAAGUUUUCAGCCUCUGUCGUGUUCAAGGGUCGAGGUGCGGCUGUUUUAGAGCUAUCAGGGGUGGAGUAGGAGGCGGUGUGUAAGAAUUAAGGCUGAAUUUUGUGGGGGGCGUGUGUUUGCUGAGCUUUGAUGUGAGGCUAAAUCAGGGAGGCGCAGGGCCUGGCCCACUGUUUGCACUCUUUAACACACAAUGCCCAUCUCCAUCUCUCUUACAAUCGCUCCUUCCCUUCCUCGCCGCAUUCACGUGCACAAUGAGCGCUCAGCCGAGUGUAGCGCCUGUUGACUGUUGCGACUUGUCGGCUGAGCAACACGAUGGGAGAGAGAGAGGGACAAAACGAGGGAAAGGAGAGGGAUGAGUGGCUCAUCGGGAAAGAAAGGAGAGAAUAGUUUAGAUCUGGAGAGAGUAUGAUGGAGCGGGAUUACGGGUUUGGUAUAGGGAUUAGCUGCAUUGAAUAGUGAUGAAAAUCACCAGGAUGAGCUACCAGUGAAACGUUACUGUGAUAGUCACCACUCAACAUGAAUAUAGUGUGGAGAAAUCUGGUUUAGUGGUGAAAUCAGAGACUGUUUAUGGUUCGUCAUUGUUUCUGUUUGUGUUUUCCUCUGUUCUCUGGGAUUGUGUUGCUUCAUAUGAGAACUAAGUGUAUAAUAAGCACAAUCAAAAGGGACUGCGCCACAUUACAGCAGCAUUUUUUGAUGUCAUUAUUCAUAUGUGAGCACCACUUUAGUUUUCCACAAUGGUGUAACUCCAUUGAUAAUAUGUUGUUUCAGUGGCAACAUGCAGUAAUUAAGGGAGUCCUUUUUUGUAUGUUUUUUGUCUGCGUGGUCUGCCUUGUAUUUAUCAUAUUAUAAACCAACUAACCUGUGUUAUGGGCCUGUGUAUUAUCCAUUCCAUUCAAUCUGAGCUGAAAAUACAAAAACAAACACUGUUAUUUUCAUUUUUUGGUUAUACAGAAAAACAAAUAAUCAAAAUAGUGACUCGUUGUUUUGUUUUUUGUUUACUGGAUUGGAUGGAAUAAUUGAAUGGACAGAUAAUACAUGGACCGUUAUGUUCCUUUGGUGUUACACAUUUAAAGAAAAUUAAGUAAAAUAAUAAUAAUAAUAAUAAUAAAUAAAGGAGUAAUAACUUGAUGGUUAAAACUGUGGUAGACAGGGUUGGAUUAGCAAAUUUUGCUUCUAAAAAUGUUUAAAUUGAUGCUAAUCUCUAAAAAAAUUAGACUUACACUGUCUGUGUGCAUAUACUGCUCUUAUAGUUUUAUUUCAAACCUGUAACUGAAGACAAAUAAAUGCAUUAAGCGAUGCUCUCACUUACAGUAAAUCAAAACGUUAUAAGAUAUGGAUGAAAAAAAGCACACUUAACAGAGCUGCCCGCAACAGCAGCUGUUCAGGUUACUGAAGGCACACCUGCUUACAGAUGGUCCCAGGACGUACAGUACGGGAGAGAGUGACAUCAUAGAAAAGGUUUUUACAUGCAUGACCUGCUAGAGGUACGCUAGGUAACCCAAACUGCGGGGAGAGACACUCAACCCAUCCACCAUUUACUCUUCUUCUCAGUAAUGCUUGAACAAUGUGCAUGUUUUUUUCUUUCUUUUUUGAAGAAGCAGCUUUUACUUGUUUUACUGACAUCACAGAAUCAACCAGAGCCUCCUCUGGUGUCAGUUAUUCCAAACUUACCUUUGAAAGAAAAUGAUCUCUUAUAUUUUGUAUGAUUACUUGCAUGUUACUUGUUGAGAAAUUAGAAUAUUAAUGCGUCCAUUUUGAUCACGAUAUUUCUAUGAUAUAUACUGCUUGUCUUAAUAGUAGAAAAAUAUAGAUUUAGAUAGAAAAAAAACUUAAUUCCAAAUAAAAGAUAUUUAGAGGAAAAUGCAGCCACAAAAAUGACAUUCUCAAUCAGAUAACUCAGCUGAAAUGGAAGAGAAAGUAUCUUAAGUGCCUUGAGCCUCUCUUCCUGACAUGUCUCUGACCCCAGGUGUGCACCAGGUGAGAUGAGGUCAAGUGAGGUCCAGCGUCUGGGCCAGGUGGUCAGAGACAUGGAUGGUCAGUUCGGCUCGAGUGUCCAUUAUAGCACUGGGGGGGGCGGAAGUGUCUGUUUCCUGUCUUCCCUCGAGGGCAAGGACGGGAAACUAACACCAGAGCUGUGGAGUAAUACUGGUCACCUGCUGCUGGCACAAGCUGGAAGGUCAAAACCACCAGCCUCCUCAGUACAGUUUAGGGUCAACAAUGGACAUUAUUCCAGUGUUUAAAUCAAGAUAGAUGCAGGAGAAAUAUCAUUUUAGCUGCAGGGGUCAUGCUGAGUGAAUUUUGACUAUUAACUUAAAGACCAACUGUAGUUCCUUUUCUUUUAAGAUAAAUGCUCUAAUCACGAGACAACAAACAAAGACAAGAAACUAUGUAGGAGGGAGUUUUUCAGUCCUUUGUCGCUGUCCUUUGUUUCAGAUAACGACACAUAAAGGUCAGAAGUAUAGAGAAAACACCGGUACCAAAGUCAUAAGCUAAUUAAACUAGCGCACAUUUGCCUCGUAGAGCCAUAAAAGUAAAAUAAUCUUGUAAUUUUCAGUUAAUAGCGUUUUGAUUCUCUAAGGAUCACAUUAGGAAGAGUGCAAUUUUAGCUUUUGGCCUAGUCCGUCAAAAUGGGAGUUUAACCUAAUUAACCUCUGCAUGCCUUCAGUUUGGCCUCAAAUUAGUGUUGCAACUCUCCUCCUAAAUGUCCCAAAUAAAGUUAGCCACUUGAUCAUCAGUUGAUUAGUAAAACUAUAAACUGUUUCCAAGAGCUCAUUAGUUUUAGCGCUAUCCCGUGUAAUUAAAUCACCCCCUCUUUCAUCUUUUUAGCUGCACUUCCCUCUUUUCAUCCACUUCUCCUCCCUCUCCUCUUCCUCUCUGAAGUUUUCCUCUCUUUAUCCCGCCAUGUUUACCUUUCUGAUGCCAUUAACCCUUUUCAGAUCGUCGCAUUUCUUCACACAGCCCUGACCAGCCUCGUGUGACCAACCUUAGUUCGGGGCUUGUGUGUGUGUCUCUGUAUGUGUCUCGGGGGAUGCACCCAUGUGUUUGUAAAAGUGCUUGCAAGGGUGAGAAGAGAGCGCUCUGUGGGUCAUGGCCCCCCUCUUACACCCCCAUGCCCAUGCCUACAGUAACAAAAGGAGACCCCCUGAUAGUUCUUUAUGCGCCCUCGGCAAGGUCAGACACAAAGACCUGGUCAGGCCGUUCUCAGCCCCGCUCUCCCACAGUAACACAUACGUUCUGUACUGGUGAUGACACAAGUUAACCGAAUCUGCUCUGGUUUUUACUUUGUUAAAUACAAACGACAAAGUGGUGCUCAGUUUGCAUUUUCUUUUGUUCACUUAAGAUGCAUGAGUGUUUCAUGUGGAGUUUGACUUUUCUGCUUUGACUUUGAGUUGGAUAUCAAACAUACAAUGAUUCAAAAUUCUUUUUAAAGGUUUAACUAUAGUGACCAUAUUCUGAAUCCCCAGCUAGAGGACACGGCUACACAGGGGCGGAGUCAUGGAGUCGCACGUAGUAAAUUUUGAGAGUUUUUCGGGUUGGAUCGAGUGUUUUUUACUCGCUUCUAACUCAGUCCAUGUGACACAAACUCAAAACUUCCAUACAAAACCCCUGACAUUUAAAGAAUUUGACGAACUACCCCAGGACAGGCCGGACAGCCCCACAAAAAGAUGACAUGUCCGGGUAAAAGAGACCGUAUGGUCACCCUAGUUAAACAAUUACUUCAAACAUUUAUCUGCAACUUUUUUGUACAAAUUAGGGCCCGACGAUUUAUCAGCAAGCCAAUAAAAUUGGCGAAUUUUAGCCUGUUUGAGACUAAUCGGUAUUUGGCCAAAACUCGCUGAUUUUCGCUGAUAUUUUCAGAAAUAAAGUGCGGAGAAUAAGAUUCGGUUUCACUUCGAAAAAUGUUCCGCCAUUUGAAAAGAUCCCCCAACUUAUCCUGUAGAUGGUGCAGCGACCUCAUGACAAUCUUUAUCCACUAACUACCUCACAGCACAGCAGAGUGACGGAUCUGAAAUAGGCAGUUCAGGGACGCACAGAGGAGAGUGGUCCGCCUCAACGGUAAAUAAACCAGUUUGUAAAAUACACAAUAAGUCAACAAGUUUCAGUUCAACCCACUUCACGAUGUUCCCUGCUGUGCUGGUCUCGGUCACGCCGAGUUAACGGUGAAGCACCAUGUAAUCAGCAAGUUUAAGUUAGUUAGCCACCUGCUAUCAGCCUUGCUACACUGUUAGCCGUGCCAGUAACAGUAGAAUAAACAACAGAACACAUUAAGUGAUCGAGCUACUUCUCUUAGUGAGGCAGCUGCAUGUCCCCAGAUGAGACCGAAGACGCGGGGGCACAGAUCAGAGGGUGGGGGGAUAUUUUUUUUUAUAAUUCAAUAAAAAAUUUUAAAAAUCGGCCGAUUAAUCUGAGUUUCUGGACUGCCUAGAAAAAGGCUUUCAUGGUAACACAAUUGGUCAGAUAACGAGGGGUUCGAAUUUGCAUCAUAUUACCUGAGAAUUGGACUUCUUCAUUGUUCUGAAUGAAUAGCCAUGUAAAAGGUCCAGAGUAACAAACGAUUGUAUCCCCUAACAAGGUGAUCCUCAAAAGAGAACAGUGAAUUAACCAUCAUCUAACGGCUUGUUUAGUUUCACACCUCACCUUCAGAUCGAGGUGUACAGGUGCUUCAUCGCUCUUUAGCUUGCACCUCAUCAGUUUUAUCGAGGCAUACUCUCCCAGAAAGAAGCUAUAGCCUGUUGACUUGGAUCUUUUUGGUUUCCCUAAAUAAGUCUAACAGUCUUGCUUUAACCGUGAAUCAGGGCUGCACUAUCUACCCGGCUGUAACGCACACAGUCCUUGGUUUAAUGACAGAUUGCAAAGUCCUGGCAGCUGGGUUCAUGUUUCAGCCAUGACUUGUGUGUGUGUGAAUGUGUGUGUGUUUUCUCACAUACAUGUCUGUGUCUCAAUGUCAAAGCCAACACUCACGUUCAUGGUGGCAAAUGUAAAGUGCGCUCCGUAGACGGAGAGACGGUACCUGGAAUGUCCGUUGGGUCACAGUGAGUGGUGUUGCCGAGGUUCUCGUGUUUGUUCUUUAAGGCUGUACGCUCCAAUGAAGGGCUACACGAACACACGCAAACACACAGACCCCCCUCUCUCUUCCAACGGUGCCGGAAACAGGGCCGACCCUUGCCCCCUUUCCAUGUGCACAUGUUACUAAGCAGACAAGUGUGUGGCUGAGAAGACAAGACAGAGGAGACUGUUGAAGGAUAUCAUUAUGGAGCUGACUAGAAAUGGAGGUGAAGCAGGUGAAAGGGUCAUUGACAGUUCAGGUUUUGAUAUCGUCACCCUAUUAACAUAAUGGUGUAAAUCAUUUUUUGACUAAGAUUAGUUUUUCUUUUAAAAAAAUGACUUUUUUUUUCGUCAAAAAAUGAGGAUCAUGCCAUGAUCCUUUCAACUAAGGGUUUAGGCGAUUUUACCAGAGAUGGCCAGCAUUAUCAAGAUGAUUUAGGCCAAAAACUCACUUUCAUCGGGUGUUUGUUUCUAGGUUAAGAGCAAAGCCGCUCUCAAAGGAUCAAGGUUAUGAUUCAUGGUCUCAUCCAGAAGUAAAGUCCUGCUUCAGUCCCAUAUCUUCUUCUUAAGUCCUUUAACUUCAAGUACCACGCAUUUCAGCUACAAGUUAUUUCAAAUGUAUUCAACUGUAUGCCUGUGUCAUCUGAUCUCUUCCAGCGUGGUGAAGGUUCUGCUCGAAGCCGGUGCCGACCCAAACGCCGGAGAUCACUUCAACAAUGUUUACGACACCUCACGGGAGAAAGGCAUCCACUCACUGGAAGGUGAAUGAAAAGAAAAAAAAGAAACGCCUGGAUGUGCAUAUAUCACGUUUAUGUGUUUGCGUGGGGAGUUUGUGUGUGUGUGUAGUAACUAUAUUAGGCGUAUGAAUCCUAAGUGUUGAACCGAUUUUUAUAAGACAUUAUCAUUUGCAUAAAAAUUUGCAUAUAUGUACAAGUUUCAUUUCUUUUGUGCUAUUUAUUUGAAAUGUCCUGUGACAAUAAGUCUGUGUUUUAUUUAUUUUUCUUCCGAGCUGCACACACAAACACAAAGAAAAGAUGGCACAGCCACACACACUUUCACCCCCCCCUCCCCAGUCUGUGUUGGGUUUCUGCCGACAUAUUUAUAUGGGAUAUGUAUAUUGCAGACAUUUAUAUGGCUGUCAGGUUUGGGUCCACGUGGGGCUAGCGUAGCGUGGGGAAGCGUUUCCCAGACGCACACUGAUGGAUGGGCUAGGGGGGCCUGUGCGACGCUUUAUUGGGUUAGCUAUGAUUAUCCCGCCCUGUCUCUCUUUCUCCAACACACACACACACACACACACACACGAACUGCAGAGAGAGACUGCCAGAGAAAAAGGAGUAGGAUGGCUAGAGGAAGGGAAAGACUGAUGAAGGAAGGAAGAAUGAGAGGAGGAAAGCAGUGAUAGAAAGUAAGACCAAGAGAAAGAGGAGCAGGAGAUGGAGUAUGGGGGGAGUUAAAGAUGGAAGAGAGAGAGAAGAAGAUUUGGAUGUUGCAAGGGAUGAUAGAGAGAGGGAGGGAUUGGAGGAAAUGGGUGAGAUGAUGAGGGAGGGAGAGGAAGUCGGGAAAUGGAUGAGACAAAGUUAUUGGGGUAGAGGGAGGGAGGAAGAGGGUGCGAGUGAUGAAAGGAAUUGAUGGGUGGAGAGGAGGAGAGGAAGGAGGCGGAAAAAAUAAAAAUGGAUGAUGGAGGAGUGGCACAAGAUGAGUGCUCUUAUGAAAAAGAUAAGUAAGGAGAAAAUGAUAGACUAGCUCUAUUAUCAGUAAGGAGGAAAGCAAAGAAGACCCUAAACCGUGACACGCGUUAUCCCGAGCGUGUAGGACAGUUGAGCUUAAAUCUGUGAAAAUGAACAACUGCUCCAAAGCUGGGAAAUGUGGAAACAAUCUUGUAUUCUGCUGUUUUAUCAUUUCAACAUGUUAUGAGCCGAACCAGUCACUGUGAACGGAUUACAGAAAGUUCUCUCAGAUACAACGGCUUACAAUGUUAAUUAUUAGUUCAGUCAUCACUCUCACUGGGUUAGCCCUGCGAAGAAUACUAGUCACACUUCAUGUGAAGACUUCAUUUGAGGUAGAAAGUUGAUAAUAAGGGUGGUCAAUGUUACUGCAUUAAUCACAAUACAAUAAAGGCCAGAAAAAACAUGUUUUUGCUUUUUUAAUUUUCAAUUUUAAGGUAUCAUUUUCUUUUAAAACUCCCUAACAGCAACUAGUUUAAAGAAAUAUGCACUGUAUGUAAACAAGAACCACAAUAUCAUCAGAGUAAUUUGAGUUUAAGCUACCACCUCUGAUAGGGCUGGGUGAUAUGGCUUCAAAUCAAUAUCACGAUAUAUUGAGCAGUUUACCUCGAUAACGAUAAAUGGACGAUAACUACUCCACAAGCAGCUCACCCCUUCCCACAUUAACUUCGUCUACUUCAGAUGCCGCUCCAGCUGCUACAACUUUUGAACCGUCCUCCAUCUCCUCACCUGUCUUUCACUCUUUGUUACGGACUGGAUGGGGUGGAGUCAUGUCUGAUGUAGGACAGUGUCUUAAAGGGACAUGAGACCAUAACCUACCUACACACAUCCAAAACCAACUUUUAUUUUUUUCAUGUUUUUGACACAGAAUAAAUCAAUAUGGGCAAAAUGACGUUGGUAAUGCUGCAUUCAAGUUACCCCAGAAGUCAGAUGCCCGAGAUGGGAAUGACAUCACACUUGAGUUACCAGCGUUCCAGUUACCAAGUCAGAAAAAUCAGAGGUGGAAACAAGAUGGCUACAACUCCAAAGGGGGAUGCUAAAAUAACUUACAACAACUAAAAUAACAAGCACUGAAAUAACUUUCAUAGAUGUAGCCAUCUUGUUUCUGCCUCCGAUUUUGUUUUUUUCCGACUUGGUAACUGAAAUGCUGGUAACUCAGGUGUGACGUCAUUCCCAGCUCAGACAUCUAACUUCCGAGGUAAUUCGAACCCAGCAUUAUUGUCAUAAAUGUCUGUUUCGGUAAAUUUUCUGUUUAUCGCCCAGCCCUAACCUAUGAGCCACACAUACAGGUGCAGCAGACAUCACAAAAACAGCCAGAGUAGUAUAUUAGUACAAACUGUCAAAGAGAAAUCAAAGAAGUUUACUACAGUGCUUCUUGUUUAAUCGAUGGCGACCGUCUGCAGUGGCUUUACUCUUCAGGCUGAUUUAAAUUUGAAAUGAAGCCACAUCCAUGUCAGGAUUUUGUUGGGAUUUUUUUUUUCUGUCUUUAUGUAUCCAUCUCCCAGUCUAAUCGUUCUUGUCUCACCAUCCCUCUCCUUACUCUCCGUCUCUCCCCCACAGUCCUUGUAUCCAGAGAGGAUGAAUUCAGCAGCAGGCUCAGCAGCAGGGCUGGUUUCCGUGGUUGCACAGCACUUCACUAUGCCACACUGGCUGAUGAUCCUCACACAGUACGCAUGAUGCUUGAGGCUGGUAGGUAUCAUCCCCAACCUGCCAUCACCACCACCACCACCACCCCAUCCCUUUAUCUUAGUAUUGCUAUAACACCAAAAAGUAAAAAAAAAAGAAUCAGCUUCUUGUAACUUCUCGUGGUGGUGCAAGUGUUCCUACGCAAAACUUUGGACCUAAAACAACUACUCCAGAAGGAGCAGCCGUUGAAGAAUGAGUACAGUUGUGAUCAGAUUAGACCCUAAUGAGCAGCCUGGCACUUUGCAUGGUAGUCUUUGCCAUGAGGGUGUGAGUGUUUGCGUGAAAGGGUGAAUGCUGACCUGUUGUGAAAAUCUCUUUAAGUGUUUGGAAGACAAAAGCGCUGCAUAAGUGCAAUCCAUUAGAUUCAUGUACCUCCUCUAAUUUUAUUUCAUUGAGGGCUCCAUUUACCUCUGAGAAAGAAAGGAAGAGGCACAGAUGAUUUUUAGACCCUUAAGUGUGGAUGAAACUUGUUAGUCUGGGUCUCAGAUUAAACACACUGACAAACCUCAGUUGUGUUGGUACAUCAAUGAUUGAGUACAGUAUCUUUGUCUAAUUGACAGUUACUUUCCUAAGCCAAGCCUGUCUUGUUAUCAAUCUUGUUUGUUUAUGUUGUUUAGUAAAGGCCAGAUUUGUUUGGGAGGCGGUCAACUAAGGAUCAAGGAGCUCAGCGUUUCUUGGUACCCUUUAGGAUCCACUCAGGAAUUUGUAAAAGUAAGCGUGGAGACGAAAAUAAAUCUGUGACAAUGUGGUCUCCUAAAGAAUUUUAUUCCAUUAAAAAAAACAGCAACUUCUCUAAUGGGGCGCUCACACCAAGCACGAGUAAAAUCAUCUACUCGCUUAAUUUGCGCAAAUCUAGAUGCGCGAAUGACUAGUAUUUACUUCAUUCACACAUCAACGGUAAUCUCUGCCAAUUUAACUGGUGGAAUUAAGUGAUAGGCAAAAGUUUUUUACAAUUUACCAGGUGAUCCGACCUCCUCGCUCACUUUCCUCCAGGCGAGCUCCUUUUUAUUCCGGUUUCAGUAAUUAAAAGAAAAGGUGUCAUAUAAUUUGGAGCAUCCACACACCGACACGAUCAGUUUGUCCUCCAUUUUAGAUACCAGUGAUCAACAGUCAGUUUUCAUAUGUCACCUGGCAACCUUUGUGCUGAUUAGUUAUAGCAACGCGAAUAUCUGCUCAAGUUGAGACAUUUUCAGCUCCCGCCCAAUUCGCGUCAUUUGCGCCGCAAGAGUAGUAGGAGCGUCUAAUCGCAUCUUUGCAUUGACUUCACAUGUAAUUCAUUCGCGCAAAUGAUUUUACUUGGGCUCGGUGUGUGGAGAUGGGAAGAAUAUACAAACGCGAAAUAUACAACGCGAAAGUACAAAAUAUUUGGAGGCGGAUUUUUACGCACCUGACUAUACACAUCAAGUGUGAUGCGAUUUUGCGGGGGGAAAAAAGAUGCGUCUUUGAGAUGGCUGUCUGUCAUGAUAGCAUGUACUGAGUCGGGGCCAGUACCAGAUAAGCACAUUAAACUAUAAUCCAUAAACGUAAGGUAACAACCGAGACCUCAUGGUGCUGUGACAGCAACGCGAUUGAGUUUGAGACAGUGAAAAUACAUAUGGUAUGUUGUAUCUGAACAGGUUAGCUUACGAGCUAAAGUUACUUAGCACAGAUGAAAGUUAAAACAAAGACGUUUAGCAAACUGUUAAAGCACACAAACCAACGUCGUAUGAGUAAUCCGACGCUAUGACUCUUUGUCCUUCAGGUUGUUAUCUUUGUAAUGUUUGUGUUUUUUAUCAAAAAGCACUCCGUUCUCCAACAUGUAAACGAUCAGCCGAUCAGCCAUGUUGGAUGUACCGGUGAAUCUGACAUCGCAACAACAUGCAAUCUGAUUGGUCAGAAGUGGACACACAGUAUGCGAAAUUUUAGAAAAUUCGACCAUGAAAAAAUAAAUGCCGCAGUAUCGCAGGACGGGAAAACGUCGCUGAUGUAAACUUGUAUUGACAGGAUACGGGUUUUAAAAAAUUAUUGACGUCUGAAAUAAUCACAUGAAAAAAACACUCCCGGUGUGAAAGGACCUUUACUCUCAAUCUAAAUGUGCCCAUGGUAAUUCAGAUGGUUUAGUUACGUUCCUGCUUUGUUAGAAAAACAACGUCUAUGUUACUGGAUAGAACUGUUUUUUAUUUAUAGCCCACACUUUAGGAUAAUAAUUGUCAACAUGAAGGAAACAAAUUUCAAUUUAAAGGUCAUCCCUUUGGCACGUUAGGCUCAUCUUUGCUUUCCAGACAAAAUAGUUCUCAUCUAGCCACCAAGGCUGGAGGCACCAUCUUCUCCAUCAGCUUUAAAAAGCUUUCAUGUAUCUUCAUCUUAACAGUUCCACCCCCGAGUAAUAUAAACAGUAUUACAAAGCUCAUUUGAAAUUGAUCACACACAAACCCCCCCUCGAAUUCACCCCUGUCACACUCGCACCUGUCGUUGACUCAGCUCUACACACACUCAGUCAAGGACCCUCAGGGCAAAGGAUCCCCCCCUCAGUUUCCAGGCGAGCAGCUCUUAACCAGGCCAGGCCUAGUUGAACUAUGACCUUCUCACAGAGCAUGCCCCUGGGGUAACUUCACAAUCACAGGAUGUGUGCGCCUUUGUCAGUGUAUAUAUGUGUGUGUGAGAGCAUGUCUAUGUUCGUGCACUGAAGCCUCUAUUAUCAAAAUAUUCAUAUAUUCAUGAAGGCUUUUGUCUUUUAGAUACAUCGAAGUUUAUCGGCCCGUUUUUAAUCUCAACCUGGUCAUCUAAGGUUACUGCCUUUUAGACUGAUCCAAUUUGAACAUAAAAAACUCUAAAUUUAUGGAUUAAACACCCAAACCAACAUCAUUACACACACAAACACACACACAAACACACACACACACAGAGGCCAGUAAAAACGUCUAUUUUUGGUUUAUGAUGGAUGGCGCAUCCAAAGCUCUGUCUGACCAUCGUUCCCAUCUCACCCCUGCUUCUGCGAGCACUCCGUACGCUUAAACAAAUCACUUUGCCUAACUCGAUCAAAUGUUCUGCAGACGCAUUUUUGAAUUAAAAAGGUAAGAAAUUUCACAAAGCAGAGACAUUUGUUAUAAGACAAUCAGAUUAAAGACACAGUGAGUUUCUGCCCGCCCCGACUGGGCCGUUGCUGGGUUGGCGCCACUAUCACGACCAAUUUCAAUCAUGACAUCACGCUGUCUUAAGCACAGACACAUAUAUGUCCGUGUGCAUGUGUGGGUACGAAAUACGAGCCUCUGUUUUAAAAAAAAGUCAGAUUUUUCGAGAUGUAGCUUGAAUCUCGUAGAAUUUUACAGAUUUAUACAUUUUAAAAAGUCAUAUAACCUGGCAGAGCUUGAUGUCAGUGUGAGUGUCUGUGUCCUCUUUACUUCACGCAUGUGCAUCUUCCGUGUGUUCCUGUUGCGGGGUCGUGUGUAUCCUACACCUUGUUAUUUCCCUUGUGUUUGUAUCUGUCCAUGUAACUCCACUAGCUGCGGGUUUUGCUCUUUUGGCCUCAGCCAGCCCUCCACUCACAUCUCCAUCCAUCACAGUCUCCAGGCCCACCCUCGGGCCUGUCCUCAGCCCCACCGUCCCUCACAUUACCUGCCCGGGCUCCCUGGUUCCUCCCCAGGCUCCACAAUACGCUUGCAGCCAGGGGCGCUCGGUAAUGGGCCGCUCUGUAGGUGGUAGCAGGCCAGAGGAGAUACACAAAUGCUCAUAGGCACACAAAAAAAAAAAAAACAAGGGCACACACGCCCACAAAGAGCAGCAGGGGCUCUCUCCCACCAGCUGCAGUGAAAGAGAGGGAGGAGGAAAUAGGAGGGGACUCCUAAUAGGCAUAACUAAAGCACUCCUAAUGAAGGGAUCCUGUGUGCAACUGUGUGUGUGUUUGUGUGUGUGUGUGUGUGUGUGUGUUUUCGACUGUUGAGCCAGGGUGUGUGUGUGUGUGUGAGUGUCGUUGGUGUUGAUCCUGUUAUAAAGUGCUAUGGCCCAGAGGGUUGGCUUGAUAUUAAAGCCCUAAAUGAUGCUAUUUAUUAUGUCCACUGUCUGUGUUGUUGUGUGUGUAUGGGGGGUGCUUUAUUGCUUUCCUCCCUCGUGAUUUUUUUUUUUUUUUUUUUUUGGAGGGGUGGGGGGGUGUAUGAAAGGGACGGGAAGGGUGGGGGUAUUGUCGCUGGGAUCGAUAGCUCAGUGUGCAGGUCACAAAAUUUAGGAGUUUAUCGAUGAUCAUCCCACUGAUUAUUAGUCUCAGUGGUGGUCGCUCGGAGCGGCAGGAACAAACUAGCAGCUCUAUUGAUUACUUUUACGGUUUCAUCUUUUCUGAGAGGAGCUCAGACAGAGAAGCAGAACUGGGGAGACCUUAAUAUGCCCUCGACUGAUCUAGUUUAAACCCGUCUUUAAGAAGCUCUGUGAUUUCUUUUAACAUCAUGUUUCCUUUUGACAGAGAUUUCUGUGUAAGUCUGUUUUAUCUUGAACUACCGACCUUUGUAUUCUUGUACUUCUUGCCCGUCAGAAGUAAAACUCAAAUCUUGAAGAGUGCCAAUAUGGCCUAUGAAGGUGUUGCAUUGUUUUUAACCCAGAGAUGAAGCACUAAACCUGUUGAAACAGCCAACGUCUUUGAAGAAUUCAAAGCAAAAAAUACCCAGCGGCAGAAUAAGUGUCGUUUCAAAUGUUUGAUGAGAGUGCUGUUAGGAUCCUUCAUCUUUUGUAUAAAGAAGACUUUUUCAAGUAGACUUCAAACCUUAUUUGUUGUAAAUCCAAGACCGAGCUUUGAGCUUUUAGGAUCAUAAUAACAAAGGCUUUAGAGAAAAGAAAAAAUACUAGUAUGAUUUUAGUUGCAUUGGUUCCACGCUCCAGAAAAAUACCUCUCUGUCUCCUGAAGAUGGUCAACUGAUGACAAGAACAUGAAGUGAAACUUAAAGCCACAAUUUUUUUUCUUUCCAAAUGUGUUUCUAAUUUUGAAAGGAAAAGGUUUCUCUUAUGAAAUGAGGCUGAUGUGUUGCAAACACUUGAUGCCCUGUGAUGGUCAUGUGGAGGCACACGUGUGUUUGUGACUCUGGCUGACAGCGGUGGCACAGGUCAGGGCAGGAGUCUCUGCUAACCACCUUCACUGACAAGCCGACCACAGUCCAGUUCAGGCACACUUCACAUCAUGUUUCCUCUUCAUCUUACCUCCCCCUGUUGUUUAACUAAAUCUUUCCUCCGUUUGACCCCCUCCUGUUGUGCGGAAGUGUGUCCAUGUGCCUUAAAGACCCCCAACCUGCAACAACCUGCAGCGUGUAUAGAUCUGUAAUAACGCAGGGUGUUGGUGUGUGGGUGUUGGGGCCGGAGAGGGUGUUACUGGCACGCGUUGCUGAUAUGAAACCCCCUGUAGAGUUAUUGCGCCUCUCUCCUACUUCGCUGCAGUGACCCCUGAACCUAAAUGACCUCUCACCCCUCGGUUUAUCCUCCUCAUCGACGUCUUAACUCUCCUGCUGAGGCGCUCUUUUCUCAUCAUAGCAAAAAAAAAAAACAUUUAUGAGUUUCAAAUGGCAAUAAAGGUGUUUGAUUUGUUCACAGGUGCAAACCCUCUGCAGACCAACGGUUUGGGGCACACCGCACGAGCUUACGCUAAGGAGGGAGAUGUGAGCGCAGCGCUGCAGGAGUGGGAGGGCAAGGUAUGACACACUCACUACACCCCACACGCACACGAGUGAUCAUUUUAAUUCGACAUAAUUAGUUUCUUUGCCUUUAGAUGUGCAUUUGUUUUAUCAAGACUCGGCAGAAUCCAUUCAGCUAACAUCUGUGUCAUUUACUUGCCUUAAUGCACACAGACACUCACUCCCCAGGAGGCCUGUGUCAAGCUGGUGACUGACUGACAGGUGCUACUGAGAAGCAGGGUCAUAAAAGCUGCUCAGGGUUAACUGGGGUUAAUAUGUGCUGAAGAGUAUAAUUUGAUUACAUAACUGCUUUGUAUGAAUGAAUCUAGAUAAUACCUGGAGUUACAGUUGGGGUAUAUUUGUGAUUAAUAUUUCUUAUCUUUUUAAAGGGUCUUAAUGGGGUUCACUUUAUUGAAUGUUGCACUAUGGAUUUUAUAUUUCACAAUGUUUUCUUGGCUGGUUUGUAUUGUUUAAUGAAAUGUCGAUUAAAAUCUGAAGUCGGCGUUCAAGUUUGAGCUGAACGCUUAUACAGAAUCAUCUGACUGAGAACCAGUCUGCUGGUUCCUUAAAUGUAUCCCGAGCUGCUUUAGCUAUCUAGCAGCUCGACAACAGGCCAGAGCUAAGCAAGAUGGAGGCAGAGAGUAAACAGCCUGCUCCGACUGCAGGGUGGAAAUGUGGAGUAAGAAGAGACAAAAAGAAGGGGAUGAAUGAAGCAUGGGGACCCUAUGUGAAAUAAAGAGAAGGGAACUAGGCUAAAGGUGAAAGGUAAACCACCUGAAAAUGUUUGUUAGAGUAACAGACAAAGGCGGGGUCAAGAAAGGAUUGUGAUGAUGCAGAAGGAGGAUGCAAAAGAGCUAAAUUAGCUAAACUUUUAGUCACUAUAACCCAGCUUCUUUUUAAACAUGAUGUCAUUUUGCAUAGCCGUCAUUUAAGCAUCUAUUUCAAAUAUUUCAAAUAACUCAAAUGCACCAUAAAACCUCAGGUGAGAGUACUGAUUAGCUUCAUUUAGGGCUCCUCUUUGAAAUGCUUGAAGAAAGUUGCUUUUAAUCUCAUUAAAAAUGUCUAAAACGUGGCUACUGUGUAACUUUAAAGAUUAAUUUCUCUUCCCUUUUGUUGCUAUUUUUUCAGACUAUAUACAGGGUUCCUACACAGUUGGAAUUUUCUUACUUUUCCAUACCCUACAUCUUAAAAUUAUUUUUGGAAAUACCAACUUUUCUAUUUUAGAAACUGUAUUUUGAUAUUUGAGAACUGUGGUAAUAGUCUGGAAACAUAAAUAUUUUUUCAUACUUUAUUUUUCAUUUUCCAAAUUUAUUUUCAUACUUGCUUAGGAACCCUGUAAAUAUUAUGAGAAAGAAAACACCUGAAACUUUUGAAUUUUGUUUAGCAGUAAAGCCUUUUUUGUUGAGAUAUUUUAGGAGCAUUUGAUAACUUGUUUCCAAUCAUUUUUUGGCUUUUAAAUUUAAAUCUCUGAAUCAUUGACGGUGCGUCGUCUGUUUUGUGUAUCUUUCUUUAGUUCCAAGAAGCGCAGGCUCGGCGAGAGGCCGAGGAGAGGAGGAAGUUCCCCUUGGAGAGGAGGCUGAAGGAGCAUAUCAUUGGACAAGAGGGUGCUAUCAAUACUGUGGCCUCAGGUAAACACACACAUACAAGGCACAUGUGUACAGGAAGCAUUACAUAACAUACACAACAGAUGAAUGCACAUACAACAAUCAUAUACAUAGAAUUAAAAAACAAUCCACUCUCUCUUUAGCCAGGGUUUUUCUUUCUUUCGUUGCAACAUGUUUCUAUUUUGCUUUCUCCUUUCUCUCUUUCUCUCUCUCUAUGUCGCUUUCUCUCCUUCCUCCCAUCCCGCAGUAGGCGGGUUCAGACAGACCGGCAGAGGCUGUAAUUGGUUAAUUGUGAUGAAUGAGCUGUCUGUCAGGCAUACACAGGUGCUGUGUGUGUCAGUGUGUAUGUGUGUGUGUUUGUGCCUGACAGCUGAUGAGGCCAGGCUUGGAGCCGCCAGUUAACACGAUUAUAGAGAGAGGAGACAUAGUACAGGCCCCCUUACCACCACCCUUCCUCCUCCCUCUUUUCCUUUCCUCCUUAUGCUAUCCAUCCUCUCCAUCUCUCUCUUUUCCUUCCUCUCUUAAUUUUCCCCCUAAAUCUCGCUCACUUUUUUUUUUUUUUACCCCUUCAGCCUUCUCCUCACCCAUUCUUUCACUCACUGGCCACCUCCACUCUUCCUCCCUGCUCAGCUGUCCACCUGCCUUUCAUUUGAAACUCAAAGAGUCAGCGACGGAUAGGUGAAAGACAAAGCGACGGGGACAGGAGGAGGAAAACAGAUGAGACAGGGGUAAAACAAACAGAGGCAUUGGGGGGACAGAAAAGAGACACGGACGCUGAUGGGAGACGAUAGCAGAAAAGUGGCUGAGAAGACGAGAGCUCGGAGCUCUGACAGAAAGACGGAGAGAGAGAGAGUGUAAUGCAUGAGGAAGGGGAGGGUGGAUGAGUUAGAGCACAAUAACACAGCAGACAGUAAAGAGCUGAUAUUACACCAGGCAUCCAUGGAGGCCCUGUAUUGAUCCACAGAUGAGUGUGUGUCCUUGUGUGUGUGUGAGUGUGUGUGUUGAGAUUCAGCUGUAAAGAAAGAGGCUGUGUGUUAUUUUUAUGAUCUCAGACAGAUUUGUGAAAAUAAUCAACUCACUCCCAAAGCAGAUAUUAGAAUCUGUAAUGUUCAUGUGCGAGAGCAAAGACCGCAGAGGAGGACAACUUUCACACUUCUUCUUCACUCUAUGAAGAAAAAAAACCCUGCCUGUAAACCAAACAGCAAACGUAAAUGCUAGUUCAAAGUCUCAUUGUGGUUUUCAGAGGAGAAGAAGGAGAAAUCAUAGGACACUUCGUCUUUGGGAGGGUGAUGAAUGAUGGUUGUUGUAAUGGCAAAUUGUCCUGAAAGCCGUGGAAGACAUCACUACAGUGAUAAAGAAACAGCCUAUUGAUCUCCUGGAAGUAUUACAGUGAAUAUAUCACACACACACAAUAACACACAUAAACUCAAACACUGUGAUAGUAAGCAAGAGAACCUCUAAGACAGAGGACUUUAAAACAUUUACAAGAGCACAUGAGUUUAUACUGGACCACUGAUUUAUUUUUUGCUAUCCAGUGUGUGAAAUUUUAAUUUUCAGUCUGUAAAAUGUCAGAUAAAUGUUAGAAUAGUUGGAAUUGGCAGGACAUUCAUGUGUUUAAUGUGUUGAUUACAGUCAGACUGUUAAUUUAGAUUUACAUAAUCUGAGUGACGUCACCCUUUGGUCUCUAUAGAGGCACUCUGAAGCCCUGACAGACAGUGGUUAGCUUAGUAGAAAUACUGACUCCAGCUUCCUCAAGAUGAAGUGAAAUUGAAGUGACUCUUUUCUGGCUAACACUUACAACACAACUACUGUCUGUCAAAUCAGCCACGUCUCUACUUAAACCUUAUCGUGCAUGGACUCAAAACAAAGAAAAGACAUUGAAACUAUUGGUAGUAAAAACAUAUUUUCACCCUCUUAAAAUAAUGGCCUAAGAAGUCAAUGAUCAAGUUUUUCAGAAAUGUUCUGAGUACUCUGAAAAAAUGGCCUUACUCAGUGGUUCUCAAGUCCAGUCCUGGAGGCUCACUGUCCUGCAUGUUUUGGAUGUUUCCCUGCUCCAACACACCUGAUUCAAAUGAUCAGCUCGUUAUCAAGCUCUGGAAUGGCUUGAUAACGAGCUGAUCAUUUGAAUCAGGUGUGUUGGAGCAGGGAAACAUCCAAAACAUGCAGGACAGGGGGGCCUCGAGGACUGGACUUGAGAACCACUGGUCUAACUCACACUCUUUACAUAGACGAUUAUCCUACAAGGAUAGUAUCACGUGAUCUGUUCAACUCAGGAUUCAAGCAAUUCUAUCAGAGAUGGGCAGAACCAUAAAGGACUGACUUAAGGGGAAUAAAAACUUCAUUAUUAUAGUACUUUUAAAAACAGAAGUCUACAAAGUGCUCAGACAAAUAGUCAAAAAGCAUGUGGAAAUAAAGACUAAUAAAAACAAAAAGUUCAGUUAAAAUGGAUAUGAGGGCCAUUUUUAUAUGUCAUAAGGAACCCAGACAAUGCAAGAACCAUGCAACAUAAAAUGUGGCAUUUUGACAAACAAAAGGGCCAUGAUUUUAAAAAGGUGACGAUAUUUAAGUCUCUGUAAAGAUAAGCAUUUUAAUAAGGCUGCUAAUUGAUUAGAGCUCAUGGAAAUUUGCAAAACUGUAUUUUUUUGCUGUUACGGUCGUAUGUUGCUUGUAUGUGCUUUUCCCCCUUUCGCCUUCCCCAGCUCUGCCCAGGUGAAGUCACUGAUUGGCAAUCAGCUUCACCUGGUACUGAGGGUUUAAAACCCCGGAGCAGCCUGCAGAAGGGAGAGGCAUUUGGAGAGGAACUGCAAAAAUUGGUUCUUUGUGUUUAGUUGACUUUUUAUUUUUUUAUCUUUGUGACAUAUUUAAUUCUGUGUUUGUUUUAAUAAUAAAUCACUUGAUAAAGUUCUAAGGUGUUUUGGGUGGGACGUAACAAAGAAAGACUUCAUUGUUUAACACUGCGUGUUACGUUGGUUGAAAAACCCUCCAAUCACUUUAUUGACAUUCAAGUUAAAGUAACCGUCUUGUCGAAGUAUUUAAAAACGCAGUGAUGUAACUAUUGAGUGUUUUCCUUUUACAAUCUAAUCCUCCCCCUCCCUUUGUUCUCCCUGUCUCUUUAUAACAUAACAAAGACAAUAAUGGACCAGGGGAUGUAAAUCUUUCGGUCCAAUUGCCAAAAUCUCGAGUACACAGAUAGCAAUGAUAGAAAUAAGAGAAAUUGGAACUAAUCAUAUUUAAAAAAGGGGGAAAUUGAUUAUUUUUCCAAGACUAAUGACUUCAAAGACACUGAUGAAUCAGCCUAUGAGUCCCCCCUCCCUCUUAGUUUAGUACAGUCGCUGUGCAACAUGAUGUCAGCGCUAAAAGAUAGAUGUUCCCACUGUUUAAAGAUUCAAAGUUUAGAGGAGAGAGCUUUAAAAAGUUUUGUGUGUUCAUUCAUUAUUUUCUAUAUGUGUUGUCAUCUCUCCUAAGUGUCUGUUUCCACCUGAACUCCUCAUGACAAACAGCUGGCCUGCAGCGAAAUACACUCGCAGACACACACACACACAAAGCAGGCAAACACACCAACACACACACAGGAAGGAGGUUAGAUUGAUCCAGGUUUAGCUCUCAGGGCUAAGAGUUAUUGAAGAGAAUCAUCCCCCUGUAAUCAUGUUAGAGCCAACCAGACCUGCCCAGUACACACUGCUGCAAGUGUGUGUGUCGGUGUGUGUGUGCGCGCAUGUGUGUGUGAGAGAGAGAGAUGGUGAGCUUUCAUUUGUUUUGCGUCUCCUUCCUUUCCUUGUUGUUGUCAGGGUCCUCUGAGAAAUGUCAAUGUGCCCUUCUGCCAAAGUCGCUCUCAAUCAGCUAAAAGACGUACGAACGCGCACACACACACACACACACACACUCACAAACAGAAGGUUACGCUGUCAUUCACACGGACGUUGAUAAAGCAGACGGAGGUUUGGAGCCCCUCUUGUCACUAUUCAUCUGUGUGUCCAUCUCUGACACACUUGUUUGUUUCUCUGUCUCCUUAUCUCCAUCACUCCCCUCUCUUUAUCUCCUCCUCCUGCAUCCUUACUCCCUCUUUCCUCUCCUUAUCUGUGCUCCUGCUGCCCCCCUCAUCUCCUCAUCUUUCUGCCUCCCUCGUUCUGCAUCUCCCGCUGUCUUCCUGCCAAGCAUCUGUUUUCUUUGAUUAUCAGCUAUUAGUCGCUCAUUUAACACUCAGAGCUAAUGUGUGUUGUGAAGUAUUUUGGCCUCACGGCACCAAAUACACACACACACACACACAGGCGCGGACAGAGCAUUAUAUAAUAUAUAUGGAAAAGAGAGCAGGAAGGGUCUAGUUUUUUGGUGUGUGUGUCUGUUGUUUGACACAUUUUACUUCUUCAAAAUUAGUUUUACCAGUUUUUACGAUUAUAAUCAAAGAAACUUCAACAAGUUUGAAUCAGUCAAACUAAAAGAGGACAUGAAAUAUACCAUAUUGGCAUCCUCAAAUGGUAAAAAAAUCAAUUAGGAGAGAGUCUGAAAAAUCAGCUGUUUAAUAGGAAAACCGCUUUUAAGAGUGUAUUUAAGACAUGCACACAGCACUAUCUUGAAUUCACGACAGUUGUGACGUCAUCGGUUGUGCAUGAAUAGAACAGUGAAAUAGUAAUUAGUAAUUAGUAGCUCAACUGCACUGAACUACCUUUGGGGGGGGCCCAGCUCGCAAAAGGUGGAGAACCCCUGCUCUAGUGUAUAUGCUAACAGGUGGACGCUUCAUAGCUGCUAGCCAGCGUCGGAGAAUCACCGGCCGUUUCGCCGGCAAAUGACGAAAAUGCAACGUUUUUUUAUUUCUUACGUUGUAAAAUUGGUUGAAGCAGCCCAGCGCAAAACAAAACACCCCUCCUCUUGUAAGUUUACUCGUCUUUGGCUCUCGCUUCGCCAUUUCAGCCAUCCGAAUCUGCUCUCAUUCGAUUGUCAAUAUGCGGGCUACACAACCGAUAACGUCACACGAAAGUGCACUGCUUUCCGGUUCCCCGCAGUGUCGCUAAAGUGGAAGUUCUGUCACAGUUUUCUAGAAAUGUAUGACAUUUUGAGAGUCAUGAAUACAGUGAUUUGUGAAGUCGAGAGGCAUUCUUAAAAAUAAUGAUAAUUUGGGUCUUUGUUUCAUGUCCUCUUUAAAGAUAUGCAUACUAAGAGCUUUUUUAUUUCAGACCAAGUUCAUAAAAAUCACCUGAAGGUAAUGAAAAGCACUAAAGUAACAUUAAAACUGUUGUAAUUUGCUGUUUCUUGUCAGUGAGUUGUCUUUGUCGACUAUUUUCGCCAAUCUUCUCUCCGUCCUCUACGUUAGCUAAACUUACAGUGGCCGCUAAAUUGACAACAAUCAAUCUGUGGGCGGCUGACAAAUAGCAAGGGCUUCAUCCGAACGGCCAAAUUGAGUGAAUGCUUGGCUCAUGUAUCAGGAGCGUCAUCUGUUAAAUCAAAUGUUCAGAUGUGUAAAUGCGUGGCACACUGACAUGAAAUAGUUUGUCUUAUUUGUGCGGCGCUGUCUUUUGUGAUGUGUCUGUUUUGCCGGUUAAUGUUGCACUGAUGCUGGAUGUUUUUUACAGCCCACAGAGAGACAGACAGGAUCCAUGGACCAAGAGAAAGACAGACUCAGACCCAGAUUUGUGUCUUUAUCAGGCCAAAAAACUCAAAUUUUAUCCACAGGAACAGUUGAUCUGUCAUUUUUUGUGCCAUCCAACAUAACCUAUAACAGAUUUAUUUCCAAAAAACUGAUAGUGAUGUAAAUCUAACCAAAGCCAGAGAAGCUGAGAGGCACGGUCGUGCAGUAGCUCUUCAGCAGUAUCUCUGCUCGCUUCACUUGUGCCGAGAGAUCCUGAGGUGAAGGCACAGCUCAUGAAGUAAACCGCAUUCAUUUUUCUGUCAGCUUUGUCAACUUUUAUAUGCAAUCUUAUGUGAAAGACACAAUCAGGAUACCCAGAAUCUCUUUCUUUACUUUCAUAUUGAUUUGGAGAGUCUGGUUUUGGCCUUAGCCCCUCAGCAGCCCCAGAUCUGGAUGAGUUUGUGCUUCUAAAACCACAGCCAAAUACACUCUUUCCUCCCCUCAGACCCAACUCAUCAUCUUGUCUUUGUGUAUGUGUGUGUGUCUGUGUGUGUGUGUGUGGUUGCUGGGGUGAUGGCAGGGUUGGGUAGGCACUCCUCUUUAAGCAAAAGUGUGUGUCUGUGUGUGUGCGAGGCUGCAAUCCAUGCUAAACUGAUUUCGCUAUGGCCGCGCCAGGGAGGCUAACGCAAUUACCGCUGGCUAAUGGCCCCACUGACUGAGGGGGGAAGAGAGGCAUCGUGGGUAGCUUUCUGGAGGUCUCUCAUCUCGCUCUCUCGCUCUGUUUUCUCCUCUUUCUCUUUUUUUUUUCCUCGACCAAAUGUCUCUGACCCCUUUCUCAUCCCUGCUCUCUCACUCUUUUAUCAUAGUUUCUGGGAUCCCCGCUGCCCUCAGGUCACCCCAGCUCAGACGGGUGAAACUUAGAAUAAUUACAGCAAAAGCUAAGUCAACGAAUGCAAAUGACUGAAACGAUCCUCCUCCUUUUCUUUCUCCCUCCAGCCAUCAGGAGGAAGGAGAAUGGUUGGUAUGAUGAAGAGCAUCCUCUCGUAUUCCUCUUCCUGGGCUCAUCUGGAAUCGGUAAAUCACUCUCCCGUCUUUUCACACUGACACCUCCUCUCUAGUUCAAAGCUGUUGAAAUAAACUCAUGAAUUUCCUUAAAGUAGCUGCCAAAACUAACAAACCACUUGAAUUGAAGAAGUUUAGUAAAUACUCGUGGAGUAAAUCUACGGGUUUCUCCAGAGACAGAACACACAGGACGAUACAUUAUCUCCACCAAGCAUUGUCUGAAAAAACAAAAGGACUAAUUAGGGCUGGGCGACAAACCGAAAAUUGACCGAUAUUGAAAUUUACGACAAUAACAAACGUCAUUUUGCCCAUGUCAGUAUAUUCGUGUCAAAAAAAUAAAUAAAUAAAAGUUGGUUUUGGAUGUGUGUAGUUAGGCUUUGGUCUCAUGUCCCUUUAAGACGUUGUCCUACGUCAGAGAUGUGACUCCGCCCCAUCCAGUCUGUAACAAAGAAGGAAAGACAGGUGAGGAGAUGGAGGACGGUUCAAAAGUUGUAGCGGCUGAAGUAGACGAAGUUAAUGUGGGAGGAGGUGAGCAGCUUGGGGAGUAGUUAUCAUUCAUUUAUCAUUAUCAAGGUGAACUGCUCAAUAUAUCGUGAUAUUGAUUUGAGGCCAUAUCGCCCAGCCCUAGGACUAAUUAUUACUAAUUAAAACACAGCAACCGUUUUUAAGAACAGGUUUAAAAAUCACCCAGCUCUGUCAAAGACUUAAGGUCCUUACACAGACAGGGCCGACGCGACUAUAGAAAGCGAAAUUACGAAAUAUUCAGAGGUGAAUUUUGACGGGCCUGACUAUACAUAUCAAGCCUGAUGCUAUAUUGCGACUUUCAUCUGUGCUAACAUAAGCUAACUGUUGUUACUAUAGUUUCAUGUACUUAUCUUAUCGCCUCUUAUUGGCUAUAAGUGCUGACCGUGUGAUGACGUUUCCAGCUUUUGUAGCCAAUCAGAGGCAAAGGAGGAAAUAACCGCACGACAAAAACGGUCCCGGUGUGAAAGGACCUUAAGAUUGGCUCCCUAGAAAUGAAUCUUUCUAGAUAGAAUUCAGUUUAUCAUUUUCAAUGCUGAGAAAAUACAGAAAAUUAUGGGACACAUAAAGAGAAGGCUGCUUAUAGACAAUAGUUGGUAAACAGCAUGUCAGGUUGCAAAAGUCUGAAUGUUUCCAGAAGCUUAACUUUAUUGAUGUUCUAACGUUCACGAGUUUAAGAAGAAAACACAAACGACACAACAGCUGAAUUCUCAGCUUCCCAUUCUCUCGGCGUGUUGGUCUGUUCUGAAGCCACCAGCGCAGUGCCAAGUCUUCUGAGUGCUGAAGAGGGAGCUCUUACAGUCACUUGUCAUUUCAUUUGGACUGGUGUUAAAGACAGAUUUUGGCUGUGGUGCAGAUGCAUUUUUGAUGGCUAUCAUACCAUGAAGAAGAACAGCAGCAGCCAACAACGAAGAGAGGAAAUUAAGAGCAGGGAACAACAUGACGGCAAACUUAUUUCUGUGGUAGCUGAGUACCCCGUCUUCAUUCACUGAGAGUGUUUGAAUAUGAAUUCAGUAGAAAUGUCCACCCAUAGUAGAGAUUUGUGAUGUGUAUGCAGCUGUCAAGGAGGUUUGCAUCAUUUCAGGAUUAGUUUUAUUGAGCUGUAAUAGGUAGAAAAAUGUAAGUUUGAAUUCCCUUCAUAUGUACAUCUCUAAUUAUUUAAUGCAAAUUUUAAAAAAGUGUGAAGGAAAAGAAGGAAACAGGGAUAUUAAGAGCUGGAUAGAUGGCUAAAAAAGGGUGAGAUGGUGAAAUGACAGACCGGAGAGAUAGAUGGAGCGGAGACAGUGUUCAUAUUCUCUGUUGCCUUCAGCGACAAACAGUGGCCAUGAGACAUCAAUAUUAAACACAGCAACAAGACACAGGCGCGCGCGCACACACACACACACACACACACACACACAGAGAGGCUCUUACACACACAUCAUACCCAUAUGCAUACCAAACACAAGACAUCAAUAUCAUAUAUGAGCAUUUGUAUGCAGAAUAUUUUACUGACAAACACAAUGUGUGCUCCUGGAGAGAAGGCGCCGUAGAAGGAGGCAGAGUUUUAGAUCGACGCUGAGAGCAGGAGGGUUUGUCUCCCUCCUCCCCGUCUAAAAUGAGUUCAUGAUAUCUCUGCACAUUCAGAUACUGUUUUUAGUUUAUGAUAAAGAAAUCACAACCAGUGACUGUUUUCACAGGAAAGACCGAGUUGGCCAAGCAGGUGGCUCGCUACAUGCACAAAGACAUCAAAAAGGUACACAAACAUUCCAAUGUCGAGUCUUUGAUUUGUGUUUGUUUCCUUGGAAACUGUUAAAAGUGUAUGCUGAUACAGUAUGAUGUAGUUUCUCUCCUGAUGGUUAAAGGGUUAAUAACAUUUGAUUCCAGGGUUUCAUCCGUAUGGACAUGUCUGAGUUCCAGGAAAAACAUGAGGUGAGAUGCUAACCCUAACCCUAACCCUAACCCUAACCCUAACCUCCCUUUCUCCUCCACUGUGAGGUCAGCAUGUUCGUUUCCUCAUUCUUGAACCAUAAAUGUUAUAUUGAAAUGCUGCUGUAACUUCGAUAACCUGUUAUUGUGCUAAAAUAACAUUAGAAUCAGUCUGUUAACUCAUACUGGAUGAUGUAAAAAUCCACUUUAGGGUCUUCACCUUGUGUUAAGAUUUUUGUAGUAGUAGAAAACGAGGUAGGUUAAGAGUAAACCAUUUUGAUCCAUCAUGCAAACCUGCAACCCACAGGUAGCAAAAUUCAUCGGCUCUCCUCCGGGGUACGUUGGACACGAAGAAGGCGGUCAGCUGACCAAGCUGUUGAAGGCGUGCCCCAACGCUGUCGUCCUCUUUGAUGAAGUCGACAAAGCCCACCCUGAUGUUCUUACAAUCAUGCUGCAGCUCUUUGACGAGGUUCGUACACACGGACAUGAGCGGACAAUAGAUUUCACUCCCAUAUCUUAUCGCUACAUUCGGUGUUAUUGAUGAAAAUUACUAAUCACGCAGGGUCGUCUCACAGACGGCAAGGGGAAAACCAUCGAGUGUAAAGACGCCCUCUUUAUCAUGACUUCGAAUGUAGCGAGUGAUGAAAUCGCUGAGCAUGCCCUGCAGCUUCGCCAGGAGGCUGAGCAGGUCAGCCGCAGAAAACUGGCGGACAACCUGGGUGAGAGAAACAAAAACUAUAAACAUGUUUAGGACAUUGAGCUGCAUUUUUCAGAUGUGUAAAAUGCUACAGCUGUGAAAAUUUCCAAUUUUCUUUCCCAGAGGAUGUACAGAAAAGCGAUGACAUCAAAAUCCCUCGACAGUUUAAAGACUCAGUCAUUCGACCAAUCCUCAAGGUAACAUCUUUCACACACUCACACAGAUAAAAGCCGCCUUGUUUUGGUAUGAUUCAAGUCCAGUGUUGUACUCUUUACACAUGUGGUGUUGUCUUCGUUAAUUGUUUUGUCCGCCCCCUCAGUCUCAUUUCCGGAGGGAUGAGUUUCUUGGUCGGAUCAAUGAGAUUGUGUACUUCCUGCCGUUCUGUCACUCAGAGCUGCUGCAGCUGGUCAGCAAGGAGCUCAGCUUCUGGGCCAAAAAGGUACGUCGUCCUACUGUCACAGCAGGCAGCAACAUCCAGAGGUACUGAGUUUACACGAAAACAACCUUUUAAAGUCUUCUGAAACCGUGAAGGUCACAUUGAUAGACAAAACUGAAAAAUCAAAUAGUUUCUUCUAACUUAAAGGGAUAUUCUGGCGUAAAAUUAAUGGACACUCCCUCAUUUCUUUAUGGAAAUGCAAUCAGACCGAGACGCUAAGGCAGAAGAACUACCGCGUCUGCAGUGCAAAAUGAUUAAUAUGAUGAUUAUUACUUCAAGGAAAUGAUAAAGAAAUGAUCAUAAAUGUUCUUCCUUGAGCUGCGGCACCCCGCAGCAGUCCGUAAUGGACUGGCCCGAGGUCUUGCUACAAACAAGCGACUGCUGGAAGAGAGUAGGUGAGUUGUGUUUAGUCUCUUUGCUAAAGAAAUCAGGCAAAGUUAAAAAGAUGUUUGGUGGCUAGUGCUAUGGCUGGGACCCUGUAUGUACUGUUGAUGAAGUUAGGUGCUGUUCUGAGUAUUAUUUGUGGUUAUAGAGUGGCGUUUUGGUUGAGGUUUGUAUAUGGCUCCUUAUACUGCUGUGUAUUGCUAUAGUGCGGUCGUUACUAAAGUUGGUAUAACUCGAGAAGCAAGAGUUUGGCAACAUUUAUCUCUUAACAGGGUGUCUAACUCAGUGUUACAGUGUGUUUGAACCUAAAUUAAUUUUACGCUGGAAUAUCCCUUUAAGUUGUUAUGUAUGUACAAAAUCAGAACUUUUCACAUCACCUGUGUUCACCAUUUAAUUAAUAACACAAACCCUGACCUGACCAGCUCUGCGUAGUAUUAACAUUUGAGAAUCAGCUGAUCAGGCUGAUCGAUCCCCCAUGAAUAUAUUUGUGAAGAAGAUCCAGAGUCUUGUCUUUAAAUAAUCCCACACUGGGGUCCUCAUGUAUAUUGAGCCCCCUACCCACUGUGUCCUGCACCCGCUGAGCUGAGCAGGAACCCUCACAGAUCAAUAUAAUGUGCCACUACUACUCACUAUAAUGCGAUUACUGUGUUUAACAUGUGGAGCCUUCAUCAAUAUUUAAUUAUUGAUAUUACAGCUGCUGUUCUGACAGCCUGCAGGCAACUGAUAGAGACCUGACUCAUGACUCACUCGCUCAAAUGUUGCUGACUGUGUCACGGUGUCUUUAUUUCCAAGUAUCUCAGUUUUUAAGCAUGAGUAGUACCUGUGGUAGCUGUCUGUAUACGGCCCCACCCUCGCCAUCACAGCGUCCUCACAAGACCUUUGUUUUCACUCACUUACAUCAGCCAAAUGAAAUGUGCUCAUUAUUGCCUUUUAAAGUGGUAUUAAUACUGCUGUACUAUAAGUGCUUAUUUCUCUGGAGUGAAACAUGACAUUGUACUUAUUGAAUGGGUUGUUAACAUUAGUAGCUAAAUGAGCAGCUCAGAGCGUUGUUAUUGACUGGUGUUUGAUUAAAAAGCAUUAAGGGCCUGUUGAUUAGCAUUGUCAGACAUGCUGUGUGACAGGAGCUCCUCUCUGCCACAGCAUUUGUCUCUUUCCUGCAACCCCAGCAAUCUGUCUCUGAUUUGACUCCUGACAGUAAUACUUUUAGCCCUUUUUAACAUGAACACAUACUCUAUUUUUGUUCCUCCCUCUCCCGCCAUUAGGCAAAGCAGCGCCAUGACAUCACUCUCCAGUGGGAUCGCCCCGUUCUGGACCUGUUAGCGGGUGGAUAUAACAUGCACUAUGGAGCACGAUCCAUCAAACAUGAGGUAAUACAUUAAAAUUUCUGAAAAAUCUGAAUGACUCAUUUAAAGUAUCAAAAGCAAUAUCGUCAGCUAUGUAAACAUUUAGCUUACUACAAAGUUACUGUAGCGACUACUUUCCUUCUUGCAUCUGCGAUUGAGUGUUAAAAGCGAUUUAUUGUUCAGAAAGAAAAAAAAAAGUUACAGUCAAAAGGUCCUUUUCAGACCGGGACCGUCAUGUGAUUGUUUCGGACGUCUAUAUUUUUUUUUCGAACCCGUAUCCUGUCAAUACAAGCGUUCACAUCAGCAAUGUUUUCCCAUCCUGCGAUAUUGUGUCAUUUAUUUUUGUUUGGCUUGAGCGUGUGAUGACGUUUCCAGCUUUUCUAGCCAAUCAGAGGCGAAGGAGGCGGGACUUUCCCCAGCAAAAGUCUUCCCCAGGAUGGGUCUUUUUACCCCCGGAAAGUAGCAAAAUCGCAUCAUGCUUGAUGUGUAUAGUCAGGCGCAUCAAAAUUCGCCUCCAAAUAUUUCGUCAUUUCGCGUUCUUUAUUCAUGUCGGCCCCGGUGUGUAAGGACCUUACACUAAUUAAGGUCCAAACUUUUGCCCUCAAAUAAUAAGUGAUCUAGAAAUGAGGGUAAAAAGGAUGAAUGAAAAACGGUCAACAGAAAAUUAUCAGAGUUUACCAAAACCCAUAGUCUCUGACUUCACCGGUGUUUUUAAAUAACCCGCCAAACAUCCCAAAACCACACCCCUCAGUGUUGAUCCCUGAAAGUGACAUACCUAGUAGAAAUCACAUGCUCAACAAAUAUAUUUUGGCUCCUACAGUUACAAAAGUAUUAAUUAAUUAUUUAUAAAGAGGAUUGCAGUGUAUUGAUUCAUAUGUAGUCUGCAACACAGCUAACCUCAUUGCUACUCAUCUCUCAGGUUGAGCGAAGAGUCGUAAACCAGUUAGCCGCAGCCUACGAGCAGGAGCUGCUUCCUAAAGGCUGCACCCUGCGUCUGUCUGUCCAAUCAGAGGACCAAGAGGAGAAGAGAGCACCCAGUCUGCGCCUCGAGGUGCUGGGAGAGGACAGCUCGUCAAGAACGCUGGACAUCCGCCCACCACUCAGCCCCGAACACUGAAAACAAACACAAACACACAGAGAUAAAUUAUAGAAGUAUUUAUUAACAUAUGUGCACUUCACUCACAAACCCAUAUCGUCGCACCAUCAUUUUCACUAUCAUCAUCAUCGUCAUUCAGCGUCAGGAAGAUGGGUGGUUUUUGGUUCUUGCUACCAAUAAAGGUCCAUCUGAUAACACAGCACUGCCUCUCUGUUUCAGUACAUGACGCAGAAAUAACACGCCAACUCUGCACAACAUGCCGCACACUAUCCUCCAUAAGGUGCUGUAAAAACAAAAUAAAUAAACACAUGUUCAUCUAAAAAACUGGACCUUAAAAACUUUCUUUUAUAUCAGAUGGACUAAUGUGUCAUGUGUGACUGUAAAUGUAUCGUCAGUGCUUCCUCGUACCUGUGCAGCUUCAUCGGCAUCAAACAUGUUCUCAUCAGUGUGACAAAGCCAUCAUCACAGCUGCUAAAAUCACAUGUUUGUUGUAGAUUAACUUAGCUGUGUCCACCUCAUUGUAUAGAACACUGAAAAAAGCCAAAAUGUGUAGUAUUUAUUAGAGAUAUAGAUAUAUAUUUAACUUAAAAAGGCCAUGAACAGAAUAUAUGUUACAAGAGGAUGAUGGGCAGCAAUAAUGAGUGUCAGAGAAUAAAUGAAAUGGAUGUAGAUUAAAAAAAUGUGGACUAGUAAAACCACUUCCAUUCCUUCAAGUAUCGACUGACUAGUGUUGGUAGUGUGUUGGUAAAAAUGACCAAAGACAGUUAACCUCAGAGUGUUUCCUGCGUUCACUUGAAUGAACAUGUCCUCACCAGCAGAGCGUCACAUGGAAAAGCUGCUUCUUCAUUCCACUCCUGUAAAGAAUGAAACGCUGAGCAGAAAUGUAUAUCAGCUCAUUGAUGAUGGGUAAUAUAACUGCCAUGUGAAUCGUGUGUGUUGAUGCAUGUUAAUUUGAAGCGGUCUCGUCCGUCACAGCGGCGUGCUCCAGUGUUUCGCAGGGUACUCUGUUCGACAUGAAGAGUAAUUCAGGACCACGAAAAGAAAAUAAUAUUCAGAGUUGUUUCAUAAAUGUUUGAAUAGCAUGUUGACGAGGCGCCAAAUAUAAUCGAGCAACAUUUCUCAUUCUUGUAUCCCAACCUCCACUGCGUAAAUAAAGUGCUCACAACAAAAAAAGGGGAA